CGCCACCAGUGACAUGUGCAAUGAGCUUCUUCCUCUCCAUGUGUGUUCUUCGGACCUCCAGAAAUGACAUCGCAGAGGAGGAGCUAGUGGCUCUGAUGAAGUGCUUUGUUGCCACGUCAGCAAGGGCUGGCCAAAUUCUGGCUAUGGGUUGUCCAAAAUAGGCCUGAUGGCUCUUAGAGACACCCCAGAGAGGAUCCAGCUAAAUCCCUGCUGCCCGGGUUGGGUGAAGUCUGACAUUACCUAUACCAACGGGACUAGGACACCCGCGGAGGGGUUGGACACACCUGUACACCUUAUUACAGAUACAGGCUGAGCAUGCUGGGGUGUGAGUGAGGCAUCAUGGAUCCCGAGGAGCAGGAGCUGCAGAAUGACUACCGUUACCGUAGCUACGCAGCGGUCAUCGAGAAAGCCCUGCGGAACUUUGAGUCGUCCAGCGAGUGGGCUGACCUCAUCUCCUCUCUGGGCAAACUCAACAAGGCCCUGCAAAGUAACCUGCGCUACUCUCUGCUGCCCCAGAGGCUGAUCAUUGGGAAGCGUCUGGCCCAGUGUCUGCACCCGGCCCUGCCCAGUGGAGUGCACCUCAAGGCCUUAGAGACCUAUGAGAUCAUCUUCAAGAUCAUCGGCACCAAAUGGCUGGCCAAGGACCUCUUCAUUUACAGCUCAGGACUGUUCCCGUUGCUGGGCCAUGCUGCGAUGGCUGUGAAGCCAGCCCUGUUGACGCUGUAUGAGCGCUACUACCUCCCUCUACAGAGGGCCUUACUGCCCAGCCUACAGGCCUUCAUCACUGGACUACUGCCUGGCCUGGAGGAGGGAGCUGAUGUCUACGACAGGACGGAUGCGUUGCUACUGAGGCUGUCUCUGUUAGUGGGCCAGCAAGUGUUCUAUGGUGCUCUGUGGGGCAGUGUGUUGGUCAGCCCUCUGGUCCGGCUACCCGCCUCUCUCUUCAUCGUCACACACUUCGACCGCUUCACCCCACCGCGCCAGCAGAGAUGCAUGCUGGGCUAUAACAACCGCUUGGUGAUGAAGGCGUUGUGUCUGUCUCUGCAGGACUCUAAUGUUCUGGUGCAGAGGAACAUGUUGGAGAUCCUGCUAUACUUCUUCUCCUUGGCCACCUGCCUGGACCCAACAGAAGGCAGUAUUCCUAUGACCAGGGAGGACACGAUCACAGUGGUGUCUGCUGCUUCCCUCACGCUUCUCCGCAGAGACAUGUCCCUCAACAGACGCCUCUACGGCUGGCUGCUAGGCACAGACAUUAAGGGGGGUAUGAUUGCAGCAGACCCUGACAUCUCCAUGGAGGAACACACAGCCUUCUACUUCAACACCCACUCCAGAGAACUCCUAGUGCAGGCUUUGAUCAACAUCCUGAAUCAGAAGGAUGUGGAGGCAGACCCGGAGAGCGUGAUUGGUUAUCUCCGACCCUUCCGCAUCAUCAUCAGCCUCAUGGAUAAGCCAGAGAUAGGUCCUCUGGUGGUGGGCAGUGUGUUAUUGGAGGCAGUGAGAGCGUUCUACAGCUACUGCAGAGAGAUGCUGGGAGAGGAGUCUAUCACCAGCACUGGCCUGACGGGCAACCAACUAACCAGUAAAAUAAAAGAAAACAAGAACGCGUCAGAGAUCAUAAAGACAGUGAACAUGCUGGUGAGCUCCAUGAACAGUGAUUUCCUGUGGGAUUACAUGACCUGCCACUUCUGCACCUGCCUCAGUGACCUAGCUGACCUGCCGCUACCCACUCUGCAGUAUCAGACUGCCUCUCCUGCUCCCUCUGUCACAGAGAUCUCCACACUCAUCAUAUUUCUAAUGGAUGUUAUCCCUCUGGAGCUCCAUGCUGACAUCCAGUCUCAGUUCCUGCCCCAGAUGUUGUGUCGCAUGCUGAACGCGCUCUGCACCCACAUGACUUCCCUGGACUUAUUGGAGCUCACGCAAGGCCUGCACGCCUGCUUCAAGGUGCUCAGUAAGAUCCAGAUGCCCGUGGCUCAUAUGGACGUGGAGGCACAGGAGGAGAGCUUUGAAUAUGUUCAGGACGUGGACAAGGAAAGGGAUGAAGAGGAUAAUGAUGAAGAUGGUGGUAAGGUCAACGGUAACCAUGACAACACAGAACCAGAGGAAGAACCUAAACUGAAUGGGGACAUGGAGCACGAGACUGGUCCAGGAGAGGGAGAAAGCCCCUUCCUGCCCCUUCGGUCUGAAGACAGCGGAUUGGGCAUCAGCGCCUCGCCGUCAGAGCUGCACUUCCUACCAGGGGCGAGCCUGGGCCCUGAGGAGGCAGGGAUUGUGAAAGAGGGCGAGGGCGUGUGGAGGAAGGGGGGCAGUGUGGAGACCAUAACCCAGUAUCUGCAGGAUAUCCUGGCCUUCAUCACCAGCAGGUACCUGCUUGUUCAGGUGGAGGAUGUCAGGGGGCAGGAGGAGGCUGUACAACCCGACCCCGCUGCCAUCUCCCCUGGUCUGAAGUCCUCGUUCCGAGAGGGCUCUCAGAUCACCACCACCCAGAUCAAAGACAAGCUAGCCGAGCUCUUCACCCCCAACAAACACAAACCACGUGCCACCUCAGACCCCCCUGUCCCAGACCCCCCUACAGAGAAGAAGAAGGGGCGAAGGUGUGCAGGAGGAGGGGUGGACUGGGGGGCAGGGUACAUGCCCCGGAGCAGGGUGGAGAUUUCGGAGGAGUGUCGACAGGCGUUCACGGCAGCGUGCCACCUUCUGUUGGAGUCUACCACCUUCCCCCUGUACCUGAGUGAGGGGGAGAGCCAUGGGCUCUAUAACGACAUGUUCAACCAUACAGGCAGUGAUGUAGACAGCCUGCCUGUGUGGCUGAGGUCCUUGAUGACUCUGUGUUGCCUGUCGAGGGACUACCACGUGCAGCACACGGCCAUGUCAUCUCUGCUGGAGCUCAUCAACCACUCCCAGUCCCUGGCCCUGGUCAUUCAGGACAAGACCAGGUGCUACCAGGCCAGCGAUGCUAACCGCCUCAGUGGGCGGCUGCAGAUGGUCACUAUUCCCCCCAUCUACCCAGGCCUGCUAAGCACCAUCGAGCAGGGCACAGACUUCUACCAGCGGGUGGCCCAGGUGCUAUGGGGUCAGCUGGACGUGGAGCGUCGAGAGCAGCACACCUCCUGUGUGGAGCUCUUCUAUCGGCUCCACUGCUUGGCCCCCUCCGCAUCCAUCUGUGAGGACAUCGUCUGCCAGGCUUUAUUGCACAGAGACAAGGCUGUACGGUUGGAGGCCCUACACAGGUUCUCAGUGCUGUGGCACCUGACCAGGGACAUCCAGUCAAACCGGACCAUGUCUCUGAACCGCUCAUUUGACCGAUCUCUGUGUGUGGUGGUGGACUGUCUGAACAGCCCAGAUGGUUCUGUGAGUGCUGCAGCCCAGUGCUGGCUGGUCAGGGCUCUCUCCCUGCAGGACGUUGUCCGCAUCCUGGAGCCUGUUCUGCUGCUGCUGCUCCACCCUUCCACCCAGCGCUGCACCAUCCAGAGUGUCAAACAGAACCUCACCGCAGGUAUUCCGAAAGAUUUAAAGAGCAGAAGUCGAAGCACUACCAAUGGUUACACGAACGCCAUGACAACCAGCACCCAAACAGAUGAAGGUACACUGGGUCACAUGAUCCUGGUGGACCGGGAGGCCCUGUGGGGGGAGCUAGAGCAUGACCCGGAGACAACCAAACCACCGGCCGACUCCACGGGGGUGUCUCGCAGCGAUAGCGAAGCGACAGAGGAAGAAAACGAACCGGAGGAGGUGGAGGAUGAGAGUGUACACACAGAGUCGAGCGGCGUCCAGGUCUCCACGGAGAACUCUAGCUCUGGCUCCGCCCCUUACGGUAGUAGUGUAGAAGAAGGAAGCAUGGUCAACGGCCUGAGGAGGGUGGAAUCGGAACACACGCAGGCGUCCGAUUCGCUGUCGAGCGAGGAGGAGGAGGACUUGGAGCUUGAAGCCAUUGCUCGGUCACGUCUCCUCAAACAGGAGCGUGAGAAGCGGGAAGCCAUUGACUCUAUGUUCCGCCAUGUUCUGCUGUACUCUGUGGCCGGCGGCUGGCCCCGUCUGCUCCACGGCCUGGCCCUGCUGGACAGCCUUUUGAGGAGCAGUGCCCAGCAGCCUCUAGUGAAUGCCCUCUCCUCCACCUCCCUGGACACCAGCUCAGCUGCACACCUCAAUUUGGUCUCCAACCUGCUCCAGCGCCACCAGCAGGCCCAGGACGGAAGAGGCUUCUACGGACGCCUGCUCUUGCCCAACGCUUCGCCCUCCAGUCCCCUCUCCCUGCUCAUCGAGCUGAUGGUGUCCCUGUGCCUGAAGUUCCUGCGCUCCCACUACCCGUCCUACCUCACUCUGGACCCCGGGGAGCUGCAGGGGAACAGGGAGGUCCAGGUGAAGAGCGUGGGGGUGCUGACCCGCCUGGUGACACAGCUGGGGAUCGUGGCGCGGGGCCAGGGAGACACCUCCACCCAGGGGGAGGCUGGGGUCAGCCCAGAGCCCAUCUGUAAGCUGCUGGCCAGGUGUAAGGUGCAGCAGUACGCACUCCUCACCCUCUCAGCCUCCAUGUACAUCAGCCAGAGAGGAACGGAGAAGGGCUCUGCCAUGGGGGGUGUAGAUCUGUUAGAUGAACAGGUGGGUCUGUCUGAGGAGAGCCUGGUGAAUCUGGGAGGGGGAGGGGGACAAGAGCAGUACCCCUUACAGAUGGAGCUGCUCAAGCUCCUACAGGCCCUCAUCGUCCUGGAGUACCAUGUGUGGCCAGGGGAGUCUGGUUUGACCCUGCACUCCGAUGAGCCCCGUGACUCCCAUGCCCCCUCAGCACUAGCACGGGAAUGGCAGACAGCGGUUCUGUUCCAACAGUCCAUCAAGGCAGCUCAGUACGUCCAAACCCAGCCCAUCACAGCCCAGGGGAUGUUUGUGUCUGCUGCAGCCCGGGCUCUGCAGCCGCAGUACGGCUAUGCCAUGCACCCCCACUGGGUGGCGCUGCUUUGCUCGUCUCUGCCCUACCUGGGGCGCUCGCUGGGCAUCAUUGUGGCUCCUCUCAUCACUCAGAUGUGCAGGAACCUGGACGAGCUGGUCAAACAGUACGAUCACGACGGGGGGAAGGCUACACAGAGUCUGAUUGGCAGGAAGGAGAACAUCGCUCCUGAUUAUCCUCUCACCCUACUGGAGGGACUGACCACACUCACUCACCACUGUCUACUAGACAACAAGAAGUCCCUGGUGGCUUGUGACCCUGCAGACGUCCGGAACGCCCGCAACGCUGUGAUUGAGGAGCUGCCGCACAUGCUCAGUAGCAUGGCUCUGCUGUGGGGUGUGGUCAAGAGGGAGGAGUCCCAGAGUAGGGGCUCAGACUAUUCCCAGACCGCCAGACACACCUCUACUUCUGUCUACUUCAGGAGCUCCAAGACCCUGAGACAGCGUGUGUUGGAGUUCCUGACUCCUCUGACGGGGCAGUACGGGGUGCAGCUAAUGGCCUCAGUGGGAGCUGUGUGGAGCAGCCGGAGGAGCAGGAGGAGACACACCAAAAACAAAAUCUUACCUGUGGCCAGUGAGUCUCGUCUGACCAUCGUGGAUCUGGUGAAGUCCUUGGGCACGCUCAGUACAGAAAAUAUCCUGCAGAUGGUCAAAGAGGUGGUGAAAAAACCCCACCAGAUCAAACGAGACCAGAAGUCCACCCUGGUAGACAUCCCAAUGCUACAGUUCAGCUAUGCCUACAUUCAGAGUAUUCCGGCACAGGCACUCCAGGAGAACAUGGCGCCCCUCCUCACUCUUCUCAGAGAGUCUGUGCAGCUCAACCUGGCCCCGCCCGGACACUUCCUGCUGCUGGGGAUCCUCAAUGACUUUGUAAACCGGCUCCCCAACCUGGACAAUAAGAAGGACACUAGGGAUAUGCAGGAGGUGACCCAGAAGAUCCUGGAGGCUGUGGGUGGGGUGGCGGGGUCGUCUCUGGAGCAGACCAGCUGGCUCAGCCGUAACCUGGAGGUCAAGAACCAGCCUCAGGUGUGUCCUGAGACAGAGGAGCCAUCCGACGAGCUGGACCUGGACCUCUAUGACUCUGAGGCUCAGGCCAGCACCAUGGUCUCUUCCUCAGCCCCUUCUGUGUACAGUGUGCAAGCCCUAGUGCUAUUGGCAGAGGUUCUAGCCCCUCUCCUGGACAUGGUGUAUCGCAGUGAUGAGAAGGAGAAAGCCGUCCCUCUCAUCUCUCGCCUCAUGUACUACGUCUUCCCCUACCUGAAGAACCACAGUGCUUACAACAUGCCCAGUUUCGGUGCGGGUGCCCAGCUUCUGAGCAAUCUGAGUGGGUACGCCUACACCAAGAGGGCCUGGAGGAAAGAGGCCUUCGAACUCUACAUGGACCCCCUCUUCUUCACCAUGGAUGUCUCCUGCACCCCCCACUGGAGGUCUAUCAUCGACCACCUGCUGACCCAUGAGAAGACCAUGUUCAAAGACCUCAUGAGCAUGCAGAGCAGUUCUCUGAAGCUGUUUCCCAGUGCAGAGCAGAAGCCCAUGUUACUGAAGCGUCAGGCCUUUGCCAUGUUCAGUGGAGAGUUAGACCAGUACCACCUCUACCUGCCCCUCAUCCAAGAGCGGCUGACAGAGGCUCUGCGUAUGGGUCAGACGCCCUCCGUCUCUGCUCAGAUGUUUCUGACGUUCCGUGUUCUUGUGCUGCGGAUCUCCCCUCAGCACCUCACCUCCCUCUGGCCAAUCAUGGUCACAGAACUGAUCCGAAUAUUUGUUCGACUGGAAAAAGCCUUGUUGGACGAAAAAGAGGUGUCAAAGUUGACUAAAGUUGUACGAGGACCCAUGGGGAACGGGCCAUUGGCUUUCCCCCAGCCAGAGUUGGACAUGUACCUGUCUGCAUGCAAGUUCUUGGACACCGCCCUGGCCUUCCCCCCAGAGAAGAUGCCCCUCUUUCAGAUGUAUCGCUGGGCCUUUGUUCCAGAAGUGGAUAUGAGCUGCUACAGUGGCCCAGAGAAUAGUCUCCUGGAGGGAGAGCAGGAGUGCAAACCCCAUAUUGUCAAAGUACUAGAGGCACUACACCAACGCUACGGAAUGCUGAACGGGCUGAGCGAGGAGUCAUCUACGGAGCGUCUGGAGUUCCCCCUCCUCACCCGUCGCUUUCUCACCUCCAUCAUCCAGCUUGCUCCCUUCCUCCAUACACUCUGCUGUUCCUUCCAGGGCACUUCACCCAGCAGCCCUCCAGAUUACCCUGUGACAGACUACCCUGCAGCCAACGCCGACCAAGUCCUGAAGAGACUGGAGCACAUCACUGAGGAAGAGUUCCUAGACUCCAUGGAGAGUUAGAACUCCACCAAGGAUCUAGAUCUUAGAACGUAGAGGAAAUGAGAACUGGAACCAUAGAAAUGGAAUGUGUAGAAUGGGCACAACCACUGAAAGCAAUGUUGUAUUGUAGGCAUAUACCAACUAAAUUGUCAUCUUUUGGGAUGUUCUUUUGAAUUUUGAAUUGUUUACCUUACCUGGUUGAGAUUUAACACGUCUAUAUAGGAUAUUCUACAUUUGAGAUACUCGAAAAUAAUCUAGAAUUAACUGACACAAACUGGAAUGGCAGUUGGGGCGGCAGGUAGCCUAGUGGUUAGAGCGUUGGACUAGUAACCGAAAGGUUGCAAGAUCGAAUCACCGAGCUGACAAGGUAAAAAUCUGUCGCUCUACCCCUAAACAAGGCAGUUAAACCACUGUUCCUAGGCCGUCAUUGAAAAUAAGAAUUUGUUCUUAACUGACUUGCCUAGUUGAAUAAAGGUGAAAUACAUUUUUAAAAAUUAGACUCUCUCUGAGUACAAGUCUGAAUGUUCUGACUUAAAAUAAGAGUAGUACUGAUACUAGCUAGCUUUUAGAGGUGACACUGGUCAUAAAAGAAGCACCACUGUAACCACUGUAACAAAGAGAGAGACCGCAGUACUGACUACUAAUUGCUCUACAAAGCUCUCCAUAAACCUGCUCCCUCCUAUUAGCAUAUGUUGUAAUAUAUUCCAAUGAGACAGGAGUAGAUGAGUAUACCUGCUGGUCAGUGACUAUGGGACCUCUAAGGCUUUUAAUAGAGGAUGGUUGAUUUUUUUUAUGUUUAAAAAGCUCUGCUUGUCAUCAAUCAUGUCACAGUUUUAUUUGUGGGUAAAUUCUUUAAUUGGAUUUGUGUGCAUAGUAAUACCUCUAGAUAUCUAAUAUAAGUUAAAUAACGUGUGGUAUUUGUUCAUUGGGAGUCUGUCUAUUUUUAGGUGUUUUGUGGAAUGUUUGGACAUAUGGUGCUUUCAAAGCAACUCAAAAUCUCUGAAAUUUGACUUGGAAACUAGUUGUAGAAUGAUGAGGCCCAAGUUUCUAGAAUCAACCAAUAGGAAGCUCUAUGCAAACAAAUGUAAAUUAACUCAGAGGUUCAGUUUACCACUUGUCAUGAAUACACCAUUACCACUCAACACAAUUUUAUUCUUCAAAUGUGAAUGCUUAACUAAACUAUGUAAAUGUUUGACCUCCUGAAAAUGAUUACUUGUUAAUAUCCGAAUUAAUAUAUCAUGGUCUGCAAAUAAAAACAUUUAAAA